AUGACCAGCCUGAAGGAAAUCUGUCGUGGCCUUCCUCUAUACCCUUUGCCUGAAAACAGAGGUCGGAGGAAAGGAAUACCCCAUGCACCUGUGAGAACCCCUAAUCUCACUGCUCAGGAGAAAAAGCUGGCUUUGCGCAAUGCCUUGCGUUAUUUCCCACCUGAAAUACAAAAGAAGCUGGCACUGGAAUUUGCUGAAGAGCUCCGGCUGUACGGCCAUAUCUAUAUGUACAGAUUCUUUCCAGAUAUUGAGAUGAGAGCGUACCCCAUAGGAGACUACCCCUGCAAGACCAAAUCAGCUGCUGCUGUUAUGUUGAUGAUCAUGAACAAUCUGGAUCCCUCAGUGGCUCAGUUUCCUCAGGAGCUUGUCACUUAUGGAGGAAAUGGGCAGGUCUUCAGCAACUGGGCGCAGUUUUGGUUGGUAAUGCACUAUUUGUCAGAGAUGACUGAAGAGCAACCUCGAUUAAUCAUUACUAAUGGUAUGGUGAUUCCCAACUAUUCCACCAGAGAUGAAUAUGAGAAGAUGUUUGCUCUGGGAGUAACAAUGUAUGGUCAGAUGACUGCAGGGAGCUACUGCUACAUUGGGCCUCAGGGAAUAGUCCAUGGGACUGUGCUCACAGUGCUCAAUGCAGGCCGUCGCUACUUGAAGGCAGAAGACCUGUCCGGAAAGGUGUUUGUUACUUCUGGUCUUGGAGGGAUGAGUGGGGCUCAAGCAAAGGCUGCAGUCAUUGCUGGGUGCGUGGGGAUCAUUGCAGAGGUCGAUGAAGCAGCACUUUUGAAACGUCACAAGCAGGGAUGGCUGAUGGAAAUCUCUAACAACCUGGACCAUUGCAUUGCUCGCCUUAGAGAUGCAAGAAAGAAUAAAAUUGCCCUUAGUUUGGGCUACCAUGGGAAUGUAGUAGAUCUAUGGGAGAGGCUAGUAUAUGAGUUGGACACAACAGGAGAGCUGCUAGUUGAUUUGGGGUCUGACCAAACUUCGUGUCAUAACCCAUUCAGCGGGGGAUACUAUCCGGUACAGCUUGGCUUUGAGGAAGCAAAGCAGCUUCUUUCCACCAAUCCGGGGAAGUUCCGGACCCUGGUACAAGAGAGUCUGAAGAGACAAGUGGCUGCUAUUAACAGACUAGCUGAUAAGGGCAUGUUUUUUUGGGAUUAUGGCAAUGCUUUUCUCUUGGAAGCUCAAAGGGCUGGUGCUGAUGUCGAGAAAAGAGGAGGCAAUAAAACAGAAUUUCGAUAUCCUUCCUACGUUCAGCACAUCAUGGGGGACAUUUUUUCCCUGGGAUUUGGGCCAUUCCGCUGGGUUUGUACCUCAGGUGACCCACAGGAUCUUGCUACCACUGACUCAAUUGCCAUGUCUGUGCUGGAAGACUCUAUACGUCAGGGAGUGAGCACAUCUGUGAAGCAGCAGUACCAUGACAACAUCCGCUGGAUUCGGGAGGCUGGCAGGCACAGCUUGGUUGUUGGCUCUCAAGCUAGAAUCUUAUAUUCUGAUCAGAGAGGUCGUGUGUCUAUAGCUGUGGCUAUUAAUCGAGCGAUUUCCGAAGGAAGGAUUAAGGCUCCAGUAGUCCUCAGCAGAGAUCACCAUGAUGUGAGUGGGACCGACAGUCCUUAUAGAGAAACGUCAAACAUUUAUGAUGGAUCAGCCUUUUGCGCAGACAUGGCGGUACAAAAUUUUGUAGGAGAUGCGUUCAGAGGAGCGACCUGGGUUGCAUUGCACAACGGUGGUGGAGUUGGCUGGGGUGAAGUGAUCAAUGGGGGAUUUGGCCUGGUUUUAGAUGGGUCCACAGAGGCUGAAGAACGGGCUAAGAUGAUGCUCAGCUGGGAUGUUUCCAAUGGAGUCGCCAGACGCUGCUGGUCAGGUAAUGACUACGCUUAUGAAACGAUCUGCCAAGCAAUGAAGGAGAAUGCCACAUUGAAGGUGACUCUCCCUCACAAGGUGGUGGAUGAGGACCUCUUGGAGCAAGCCCUGAAACGUUAGUGAUAUUCCUUGUGCAAUGUUGUCCUUGCAGAUACAUUUGA